AUGCCAGAUGAUGUUGAUAUGAAAUCCACUUGCAAUGUGGAUGGCAACCAGGUCACCAAGAAUAAGAUGUUCUCAGGGAACUGGAUGGUCGUCAUGGAAGGACUGACCUUCGCUUGGAUGCGGACCUUUGAGAUUGUUGCCGGUCCGCCCGUGACGAUCACCUCGACGCCCACAGCCACAUAUACUAUCACGAGUACCCCAAGGGCUACUGUCACGACUACGAGCACCGACAUAUACUCGACAACGUUAUCACCAUUAACCGUUACGGUGCCAUCCAGCACCUCGACCAGAACAAUCACGACCACACCGAAACAGGUGACUGUCGACUCGACGUCAACAUCAACUCGUACUCGUAUCUCGAGGACCUGGUCCGCGACUGUCACUACGACCACGGUUACUGUCUCGUGUCAGCCACAAAUUGUAAAGAGAGACCCUACUUGUACGAUCCGCCCGACCAAGGCAACCCUGGCAGCUGCCUCCAAUACAACAUACCCCGCGCCCCGAGGACGCUUUUUCCGUGGCGCUCCUAGACGAAGUAGGCGUAGGGAAGCUUUUGUUGAGCCAAGAAGAGAAAAUCAGCUCUUUGAGCGAGGAGCAGGUACGUUGCUGUAG